UACUUACAUAUAAGUUUACAAGUUACAAAAUACCCAAUUCAUCAUCAUCAUCAUCAUCAUCAUCAUCAUACAUGGAGGCUAACAGCAAGUCUUUUAGGUUCAUUUUCUUCUUCUUCUUCCUCUCCUCCUCUGUUACUACGGUGGUAGGCAGAGGCAGAGGCAGAGACAGAGACAGAGACAGAGAGAGGUGCAACCCAAAUGACAAAAAAGCCCUCCUACAAAUCAAGAAAGACCUCAACAACCCCUACGACCUCAUCUCGUGGGACCCCCAAACCGACUGCUGCGACUGGCUCGUCGUCGGCUGCGACGAAGCCACCAACCGCAUCGACAAGCUCGUCCUCUCACAGGCCGACCUCAACCUCCCCCUCCCCGCCGCCGUCGGCGAUCUCCCCUACCUCCGAAACCUCGCCUUCCACCACACCAAUCUCACCGGCCGGAUCCCGGAAGCCAUCACCAAGCUCUCCAAGCUCAGCUUUCUCGAUCUCAGGCGGAACCAUCUGACGGGCCCGGUUCCCCCCUUCCUGGGCCAGCUCAAGGAGCUCACCUACAUCGGCCUCUCCUUCAACAGCUUCACAGGCUCCAUUCCAGCCUCGCUCGGCCGCCUGCCCAAGCUCGGGGGGCUCCUGAUCGACCGGAACAGGCUCACCGGCAGCAUCCCGGCGUCGUUCGGGGGGUUCCAGGUGGAGGAUUUCGCGCUCUACUUGUCGCACAACGAGCUUUCGGGCCCGAUUCCGAGCGCGCUCGGGAAGGCCAGCUUCUACAUUAUGGACGUGUCGAGGAACAUGCUGGAAGGCGACAUAUCCUUCUUCUUCCAGGAGGGAAAGAUCCUCAACACGGCGGACUUCUCCAGGAACCGGUUUUCGUUCGACAUGUCGAAAAUCAGGGCGUUUCCGGAGAAGCUGGUGAACCUGGCGCUGGACCACAACAGGCUGGGCGGAGGGCUGCCGGAGUCGCUGACGAAGCUGGAUCUGAUCAGCUUCAACGUGAGCUACAACCGGCUGUGCGGGAAGAUCCCGGUGGGGGGCACAGGGAGACUGCAGGAGCUGGAUUACACCGCCUAUAUACACAACAAGUGCUUGUGCGGCGCGCCAUUGCCGCCCUGCAAAUUCCCAAUAGAUGUUUUACUGUAUUAAUCCUCAUCUGUCUGUCUAUCUAUCUAUCUAUCAGAUGAUGAUGAUAUGCCAACAAUUAGUAUCCAUGCCAUGCCCGGCACUAUAAUUAAUUGCUCUGCUCUGCAGUGGUGGUGUUUUUUUGUGUUGUGUUCAGGAAAUAAGAAGAAUAUGGGCGGGCUUAGUUCAAA